AUGCAGCGUCUACUAUUGCUUCCUCUCCUCUCCACAGCGGCUCUUGCUGUCACCGGCAGCGUGACCCUGACCAGCACUGGAUGUGCCGAUUCAUCUGGUUUCGAGAGCUGCCAGAAGCAGGCAAACGACCAGCUGAGUUCAUGCAUUGCCCAGGCCAAGAAGGACAACAGCCAACAGGAGCUCCUGGCCUGUGGAUGUCAAAACUAUGUCGACAAUUACAAUUGCUAUUCCGCCUUUUGCUGGAACCGAGUCUGGCAGUGCGAGUACCAAAACUACGUCACCGACUAUAUGCUCAACUGCCCCAUUGCCAAGCUGCCAGUGCCCUAUUUCCCGAUCCCUAACGAUGCCCCUAAUGCAUGCUCAUGCAACUUGGGCAAGGUGUUCCUCGCCUACAACGACGCUAUCCAGGAGACGGCAACGUGCUCAAACAAUGCAAACUCGGGUGAUGCUAGCAGCAACCUUCAGCAGAUCCAGGGGUGCGACUGCUGCGAGAUUAGCGGUGCCAUCUCAACUUUCCUCGAAAUCUGCCCUGAAACCGACCCCACCCUCCUUGGCCUCUCAAACGUGAAUACGCUUGAGUCACAACUCAAUACACCAUUUGACUCAUGUGGCCCAUACCUGGAUCAGUACGACUGCAUCAAGGACCUGGGAUACUCUCUCGAUGGAGUCAGCACAUUCUACAAGCCGACAAAUCUUCCCGCCACUGGAACGGCAACUCUUAGCAACAAUGCCGGAACCGUGACUGCGCCUGCUAGCGGAUCGGUCUUUACUUACACCAAUGGCGGCGAUGGAACCGUCUAUACCAUUACCGCUGCGGGUGUUAAGGGAUCCAGCGGCUCUGGCUCCGGUUCAGGCUCCGGUUCAGGCUCAGGCUCAGGCUCAGGAUCUGGUUCAGGAUCUGGUUCAGGCUCAGGAUCAGGAUCGGGCUCUGGCUCCGGCUCAGGUUCCAAUGAUUCCCAGACUACCGCUUCUGACAAUGGAGCCGCAAAUACCGGAAGCUCUGCACAGGACAGCACUGCUGCUGCGGCGAGUCCAACCAAGACUGGAUCGGGCAAGAAUGCUGCCGGAAUGACUACUGCAAGCCUUUAUUUGGUAGCAGCAGCCAUGGCCAUGCCUCUCCUUGCCUCCUUUUAG